CUGGGAUGGUGACAAGUGUGUUAACUUCCAAAUCUCGCGUUUACAUCCCCUGCCGCUUGGUCAGGCGAUUCGAACUAUAAAUACACCCAAAGAAGCCCCGAGUAGAUAACCGCAGCUCAAGUUAUCGAAUACACAUCGAUUCAUAUACAUUUGAGAUCUUGUAACUGAAGAAGCUAAGCCCAAAAGAUGAACAACUCACAGAACAUCAGUCACCAGGCCGGCCAGGCCAAGGGCCAGGCUCAGGAGAAGUCCGGCCAGAUGAUGGAUCAAGUCUCAAACACAGCGCAGUCGUUGAAGGAGUCCGUCCAGCAGACGGGGCAGCAGAUGAAGGCCAAGGCAGUGGACGCAGCCGAUGCUGUCAAAAGCACCGUUGGAGCUCACAAAUAAAUACUCAUAGUCAUCAGCCACCUGAAUUACCAAUAUGCCCCUUUCGUUACUCUUGUUAUCCAGAAUUCUUUUAAUUAACAGUUAAUUGAAUUCUGGUGAUUUUUUUUUAAUAUUCUCUUUUAGGAGUUCAUAAUCCACCCUUUUAUGCGGUGAUGAUUCUUUCACUUUGUUCAUGGGACUGUACGUUGUUAUUUUCUUGUUGAAAAUUAACAAGGGAAGCUCCAAUAAUAUAUCAGUUAUUUAGUUAUUUUCUCGGUUCAA